ACAAUACUUUAAAGUACAAAAAGUCAAUCUUGAUAACUGCAUGAUUUGUGUCAUGUGUCAUCCCAACAUCUUUAAAGAUCAAAUCUUUAGCUGCCCUUUUGUGUAAAUCUUCUAAAUAAUUCAUAAAAAUCUUGUCUUUCGAUAAUAAACAGAAAUUAGUUAACCUUUUAUAUAAUUUAAUGUGUUGUUCAGUUCUUGUUUCUUGAAUUGUUGAGAUGGGGAUUGAGAGUAUGAGAAAGCUGAAGCCUUUGUUGCAUUUGUUGUUGCCAUUAUGUGUUCAUUGGAUUGCUGAAGAGAUGACUGUUUCUGUGCUUGUUGAUGUUACUACUAGUGCUCUUUGUCCAGGCCAAUCUACUUGUUCUGAGGCUAUUUACAUCAAUGGUGUUCAACAAACAAUUGUUGGAAUUUUCAAGAUGAUAGUCCUUCCUAUCCUAGGUCAGCUUGCUGAUGAGUAUGGGCGUAAACCACUUCUUCUUAUCACUGUAUCUACAACAAUAAUUCCUUUUGGUUUGCUCACCAUCAAUAAGUCGAGGGAAUUUGUCUAUGCUUAUUAUGUCCUGCGGACAAUCUCUUUUAUCAUAAGUCAAGGGAGCAUUUUCUGUAUCUCUGUUGCUUAUGCGGCAGAUGUUGUUGAAGAGAAUAGUAGAGCUGGAGUUUUUAGUUGGAUUACAGGCCUUUUUUCUGCAUCCCAUGUUUUGGGAAAUGUCCUCGCACGUUUCCUACCAGUUGGCUACAUUUUCCAGGUUUCAAUAGGUCUUUUGAUCUUUGUUCCUGUUUAUAUGUCAGUGUUUCUAGCAGAGACUGUAACACCAAAAACAGAGGAGAACCGAAGUUCGACACUAAAGAGCAACGUACUGAAGAUUGUCCAGGAACGAUAUAACUCGAUGAGAUAUGCUGCAAAUCUUGUCACUAGCAGUCCAACACUGAAGUGCAUUUCUCUCGUUUCUUUCUUCUACGAGCUGGGAAUGUCGGGGAUCAGCAGUGUUUUGCUGUACUAUCUGAAAUCAGCCUUUGGCUUCAACAAGAAUCAGUUCUCAGAACUUUUGAUGAUGGUGGGAGUAGGUUCCAUAGUCUCACAGAUUGUGGUGCUUCCUCUUAUCAAUCCUCUUUUUGGCGAGAAAGUGAUACUUUGUAUGGCGUUGCUUUCAUCAAUAGCCUAUGCAAUGCUUUAUGGAUUAGCAUGGGCACCUUGGGUUCCAUAUUUAAGUGCUUCUUUUGGGGUCAUCUACAUCCUUGUUAAACCUUCUACUUAUGCUGUAAUAUCUAAAGGAGCACUUUCAGCAGAUCAGGGCAAAGCACAGGGAUUUGUUGCUGGCGUUCAAGCAAUCGCGAGUUUGUUAUCUCCAAUUGUAAUGAGUCCGCUGACCACAUGGUUUUUGUCCCGUGACGCGCCUUUCAACUGCAAAGGAUUCAGUAUACUUUGUGCUUCUUUAUGCAUGGUGGUUGCAUUGUGUUGUGCCUCCACGCUAAAAGUCGAGGCACCACGAGAGAGGGCAUUCGACGAAAAUGCAGAGAACAUUGAAGCACCACUUUUGACAUGAUUCUUGAUACAUCAGUAGUAACUAUUAUACCAAAAUUCUCUUAAGCUAUUGUCACCCAAGGCUGCCCCAUUACAACGACAAUAAGUCCCGUCUACGGUUAAAAUUAAAAAUAAAAAGAAGUCCGGUCUACGAUCUUCCCAACGAUAGAGUUGUAAAUCUUUUGAAGCUAAGUCUGAUCUAGAUUAGAGGAGGUAUAUUAAUCUUGUAUUGUAAUCUGUUUUCUGAAUUGUUAUUCUUCAAUAUAUCACUUUAUUUUUUGGUCUUGGAA